CUGAAAGGAAAUUGCCUUUUAUUUCUGUGAGUGCACUGUAGCAUUGGUCAAGAUCUGUCCCGAGGUGGUCGACUCCUUUCAAAGAGGCGAAAACCGAGCUGCCUUCCGGGGUGAGAAGGUGGAUGAGUGGAAAGGAAAGUAUCUUGGAGCUUUCUCAAUAUGGGGUGGUUGGAAGUAACUGCCAUAUUAUUUCUUCUAACUGCAAAUAUAUGUGUUAUCAAGUCUCAACCAAGUGCUUCUGAAUCUUAUUCAGAUGUGGUAUUUCUGGUUGAUGGAUCUCGACAUGUGGGACGAGGAAGAUUCCAUUACAUACGGAACUUUAUCACAAAGGUUGUUCAACAAUUAAAUGUUGCGGGAAAUAAAUACAGGAUUGGACUCGCUCAGUUCAGUGGUGAUGCACGAACAGAAUUCUUACUGAAGAGAUAUCAGACAAAACAGGAGGUGUUGGAUCACUUACGAACGACUUAUAAAUUCAAGGGUGGAUCAGUAUUGAAAACAGGACGUGCCAUUCAACACAUAGACAGAGUGUUCUUCACAGAAUCUGCUGGAAGCCGAAAGAAUGCAGGAAUUCCUCAGUUUGCGAUAAUAAUUACUGCUGCGUCUUCCGACGAUGAUGUUGAAGCAGCUGCCAAAGCUUUGAAAAAGACUGGUGUGAAAGUUAUUUCCAUUGGUAUAGGGACAGAAGAGCGAGAGGAUCUAGGAGAAAUGGCCUAUAUAAAAAACAACGUAUUUAUGAUGCAAGUUAACAACUUUAAUGAACUCGUGCAGUCUGCCACUGGACUGUCCACUACCAUCAAAACAAUGACACAGAAAGCAUUUGUACAUGAAGAACUCAAAGCCCCGGCAGUGUGCCAAACUGCUUCAGUUGCUGAUGUUGCUUUUCUGGUGGAUGAAUCAAGCAGUGUUGGGGAAGCAAACUUUGAAUUGAUCCGCAAUUUUCUCCAUAAUUUUAUCAAGGUACUUGAUAUUGGUUCAGAAAAGGUGCGAGUUGGUUUGGUUCAGUACAGCAAUACCCCAACAGCAUACGUUCACUUCAAGACACAUCAAGACAAGGAAGAAAUUCUCAAGCACAUUGCAAAUACGCCUUACAGGGGUGGAUCUGCAAACAUGGGAGCUGCUGUUAGCUUCCUCAAAGACAAUUACUUUCAGCCACGUGCUAGCGGCAGAAAAACACCAGGGAUUCCUCAAAUUGUGAUUGUGAUUACCAAUGGAAACUCCAAUGAUGAUGUCAAGAGUUCAGCUGCUGCCCUGCGACGUCUUGGUGUUACUGUAUAUGCUUUGGGAACUAAAAGUACUAGUUUCAAUCAGCUGGCAGAAAUUGCCUCAUAUCCUCCAGAAAGUUUUGUCUCUCACCUAGAAAAUUUUGAAAAUUUGACAUUGAUUCAAAAAAUUCUCCAGAAGAAAAUUUGUGUUGAGAUUGUCAAAACUACUGAAGUAGCGCCUGAAAAACUAUUUCAACUUUACCAAGGUUGCAAGGAUACUGAAGAAGCUGACAUCUAUUUCCUGAUUGAUGGAUCAGGUAAUCUAAAUUCUGAUGAUUUCAAAGACAUAAAAGAUUUCAUGCUUGAUAUAGUCCGCAUGUUCCGUAUUGGCAAGGACAAAGUACGGGUUGGCGUUGUCCAAUAUGGAUCUACCACACAGACAGAAUUUGAGCUUGCCACAUAUAUAAGGAAAGAACAGGUUGAAGAAGCAAUUGGAAAAAUCAGAUUGAUCGGAGGAAGUGUCUCCAAGUCAGGUCAAGCAUUGGCACGUAUGAAGGACCUCUUCAAUGAAGCAGAUAAAACUCGUAAAAAUCGAGUACGCCGCUUCCUGAUUGUUGUUACAGAUGGAAAGUCACAAGAUGAUGUCUUAAUGCCAGCUUCAGAACUAAGGCAAAGGGGAGUCGAUGUUUAUGCUGUUGGUGUGGCUAAAGCUGAACGUAAUGAACUUCAACAGAUUGGAGGUGCCCUGGAAAGAGUCUUUCACUCGGCAAACUAUGAUGCUUUGAAAGAUAUAAAACAUCAUGUUAUACGGGAUAUGUGUGCAAAAGAAGCCUGCAGUAAAUUGGAAGUGGCGGACAUCAUUUUUCUGAUCGAUGGUUCAAGAAGUAUAUGGAUUGUAGACUUUAACAAAAUGAAAAAGUUUAUAGAAACCUUAAUCAACUCAACUGAAGUUGGAGAGACCAGAGUCCAAGUUGGUUUGAUACAGUUCAGCUCACAGACAAGGUUGGAAUUCCAACUCGAUCAAUAUCAUGACAAAGCAGAGCUUCUGAAAGCUCUUCGCAACAUUCAGCAGCUGGAUGAACAGACACGUACAGGCCAUGCAUUGACCUAUACAGCUGAAUACUUUGAUAGCUCAAAAGGGGGUCGCCCAAAUGAGCGACAGUACCUUAUUGUGAUUACAGAUGGAGAGGCGGAGGAUCAGGUGUAUGCACCUGCCAAAGCCAUCAGGGACAAAGGGGUUACAAUUUUUGCUAUCGGAAUCAUCAACGCUAAUAACACUCAGCUUGUGGAGAUUGCAGGAUCCCAAGAUAAAGUUUAUCAUGUGGAAAACUUUGAUGCCCUGAAAGACCUGGAUAAAUUGAUAUCAUUCGAAGUGUGCAGUCCAUUUGAAGAGUGCAAGAGGAUAGAAGUUGCAGACAUUGUCUUUGUUCUGGAUGGGUCAGACAGCAUAAAUACAGUUCAGUUUGACAGCAUGAAGAACUUCCUAAUGGCAGUAGUGAACCGUUCUGAAGUUGACAAUAAUAAUGUUCGCUUUGGUGCCAUUGUGUAUGGAAACAACCCACAGACCGUAUUCAAGCUUGAUGACUUCACGAGCAAGGCUGAAAUCAGAAAUGCAGUUCGAGAAUUGCAGAAGGAGACACGAGGAUCUAGGUACACAGUGAAGGCUCUGAAACAAGCAAAGGAACUUCUGACUAAAGAGAAAGGUGGUCGAGGAGAAAGCACAUCCAAAGUGCCACAGUUCAUUAUCCUCAUUACUGAUGGAAUAGUCACAGAUUCAGAAGACAUACAGUCAAUAGCCAACAAGCUCAAGCGGGACCAUGUUAUAGUCUAUGCCAUUGGUAUAGCUGGUGCUGACAAAGAAGAACUUAUUUCAAUCACACAGUUAGCAGACAAUUACUAUAGUGCUCCAGAUUUUGGUUAUUUACCUCAGUUAUCCCCGAUAAUUUCUCAGCUGCUGUGUAAUGAGACGAAACCAGAGUGUGGACUUGAGAAAGCAGACGUUAUUUUCCUUCUGGACGGCUCGGACGCAGUAACAAGCAGUGACUUCCAGUCGAUAAAGACUGACUUGAAAGGCUUUGUGAAGUUGUUUAACGUUGGCAAAGAUCAUUUCCAGUUUGCCUUGAUCCAGUAUGGUGAAACACAGAAAUUUGAAUUCAAAUUGAUUGAGUCUGAUUCACAUGAUACAUUAAGGAGCAAAAUUGAUCAGAUCACCCAGAUAGGUGGAGAAACAAAAACUGGAGCUGCGCUAACAUUUGUGAAUGACCAUCUUCCAAACCUGGAGAGAAAUCAAAGCAAUGAAAAAGUGCCCCUGUAUCUUUUAGUGAUUGCAUCUGGGACAUCUUCUGACCGUGUAGUUACAGCAGCUGCUGAGCUGCACAAGCAGAAUAUUCUAGUAUUUGCACUAGGUAUUAAAAAUGCAAAGGGCCCUGAGCUUCUGAAAAUCACUGGAUCACAAGAGAGAAAAAUAUUUAUUAAAGACAUUAGUGACUUAAGUAAAGUUAAAAGGAGAAUUGUUCAUACCAUCUGUACUCCUCCUCCUCCGCCAAAAGAGGAUCCAGCAUGUACGAUAGACAUUGCUGUGGGCUUUGAUUUCUCAAGAAGGAUUGGUUCCAGGAACAUAUUUGAUAGCCAGCAAAAGCUAAAGGCAAAGCUUGGUCCAAUAUUACAGGAAAUUGCAUCCAUGCAAUCGAUCAGCUGUGCAUCGGCUUCCAAGCUAAACAUCAGAAUGGGUUUUCACUUAAUAAACAACAGGGGCGAAUCUGUCUUUGAUACCAGUUUUGAAGAGUAUGACCCAGCCGUUUUGGAUAAGCUGCUCAGAGUUCAAACAGAUGACGACAUUGAUCUGAAUGCAAAAAAUAUAAAAUCAUUUAUUGAUGCAUUCAGUACAUCGACUUCAACAACAAAGGCACUAGUAUUAUUCACAGAUGGCUUCGAUGACAGAGAAAUGGUUCUUAAACAAAGCUCAAAAGAAAUCAACAAUAGAGGAAUCCACACACUCAUCACAGUGGCUCUGGAAGGUGCUGUGAAUGUGGAUGAGAUGCAUUAUGUUGAAUUUGGAACUGGAUAUGGAUACAAACAACAGCUAUCAAUUGAAAUGAACGAUAUUGGAAAUGCCUUGAUGAAACAAAUCAGUUCAGCCAUGGAAACAAAGUGUUGUAAUGUUGCAUGCACCUGCUUGGGAGAACCAGGUCUGAUUGGCAUGCAAGGGAUCAAAGGGCUGAAAGGACAAAGAGGAGCAAAGGGACUUCAAGGUUAUCCAGGAGAAGAGGGAGGACAAGGUGAGAGAGGUCUACCUGGAUAUAAUGGUACAAUUGGAGAUGAUGGAUGUCCAGGUGCUAAGGGCUUCACAGGAAGAAGAGGUUAUCGAGGACAAAAGGGUAGUGAUGGAGACCAUGGUAUCGAUGGAGUAAUUGGAGAGCAGGGAAUUUAUGGAAUUGUUGGACCUUCUGGUGAAAAAGGCAUUCGUGGAAAAACGGGUAGAAAAGGCCAGAAAGGUAUAUCGGGUGAGCGUGGAGAGAGCAGUUCGCGUGGAGACCCUGGCGAACCUGGAACAAGCAAUAACGUUAAAGGUCAAAAGGGUGAAAGAGGAAACCCUGGCCAAGUGGGUGAUCCAGGCAGAGGUGGUAAUCCAGGUAAACGUGGUGAUGUCGGAAAUCAUGGUCCUGUUGGUGCCAGGGGACAGAUUGGUACACAGGGAACUAAAGGAAGAGAUGGUGUACCAGGUCUUCAAGGAGAUCCAGGAUUCCGAGGCAUACAGGGGACACCAGGAACCUCUGGUACUCCAGGUCGAAAAGGAGAAAUGGGAGCCCGAGGUCGGCAGGGUCCAACUGGCAAGCCAGGCCGUGUGGGAAUGGACGGUGACAUUGGUCAUAAAGGAAAACAUGGUCAACCUGGAAAUCCUGGGGAGAAAGGCGUAAGAGGAGUAGAGGGACCUCGUGGGAUCACGGGAGCAGAUGGCAAGAAUGUAUUUGGACCUAACGGAGUAAAAGGCAGAAAGGGACCACGUGGAAAUCCUGGCAAUGCUGGUCCACAGGGAGAAGAUGGAGAACCUGGAGUCGCUGGUAAUGAAGGACCAAAAGGAGUAAGAGGUCGCAGGGGUAACGCUGGCCCUCUUGGUGAUCCUGGUGAGCCAGGCUCAGUUGGACAUCCUGGAGAAAUGGGCCAGCAAGGACCACAAGGUCGUGCACUGGAAACGUCUUGUGGCCUUAUUGCGUAUAUACGAGAGAGCUGUCCUUGUUGUUCACAAAGAAGAGGAGAAUGCCCGGCAUACCCCACAGAGUUGGCAUUUGCUCUGGACAUGUCCGCAGAUGUUACACCAGCAAUAUUUAAACGGAUGAAGACCAUUGUAAAUAAUUUUGUCGAGGAUAUUAACAUCGCUGAAAGCAACUGUCCCACUGGGGCUCGUGUCGCAGUGCUGACUUACAGUAAUGUAGCAAAGCCUUUCAUUCGAUUUUCUGCCUUUAAGAAGAAACAGUUACUGCUGAAAGAAUUAGAUGCACUGGCACACGAAAGAUCAAAUGACAGACGGAAUAUUGGCAAUGCCAUGGAAUUUGUUGCAAGCAAUACAUUUAAACGAGUACGAAACGGCGUCCUUGUGAAGAAAAUAGCUGUCUUUAUCACGAACGGAGGAUCACAAGACACUGAGGUCUUACCUGCAGCUGCCUCUCAGCUCAGUGCUUUCGGCAUCACUCCAGUUAUCAUUUCGUUUAAGAACAUCCCAGAGGUAGAACAAGCUUUUCCGGAUGCGGUGGUUGUAUUACCAAGACAGCAACAACAAUCCCAAGAACUGUUAAAGCAAAUCUUUUUAUGUACACUUUGCUAUGAUGAAUGUAGUCCUGCUGACCAGUGUCCAAGGAGACUGACCCCAGUUCCUAUUCCAGUAAGCCUGGACAUAGCCUUUGUUCAUGAUAACUUACAGCAGAUGGAACCUACACAAUCUGAAACAGUGCAGCAUUUUCUGAACUCAAUGCUUAAUCAGUUUGUCAGCUCUACAGAAACUGCAGCCCCCGAUCUUCAUCCCCGGGUGGCUCUGGUACAGCACACACCAAACUACACACCAAGAUAUGGGAAAGAUGCAUUUAACCUAGAGUUUGGUGUUUUGGAUUACACUGUGAAAACACUAAAGAAGAGACACAUCCAUGAUUCAUUUAAUCAGCUGGAGGGCGCCACUGGCAUUGACAGUACCAUUGAAUGGACCUUGAAAAAUUUCUUCUCAAAUUUCACAAAUCAGAGAACUUACAAAGUUAUCUUUACAAUAUUUUCUGGGGAAACAAGCAUUGAUGAGAAGAAAUUAUUGGAAAUAUCCCAAGAAGCAAAAUGUAAAGGUUUCACGAUAUUUGCACUGGCCCUUGGGAAAGUAUCUAAUACCACAUUCCUGAAGGAGUUUGUCAGUUUUCCUUUUAAUCAACAUUUACUUCAUUUGGAUAGAGCCCUGGAGGCUGAAAUUGAAUACGCACAAAGGUUUGCUGUGAGUUUUCUGAAAAAUCUGGCAACCGGAAUCAACAACUAUCCACCUCCAUCUCUCAAGAGGGAGUGCGAAGGAAUAUAUCCUCACAACACAAAAGAACCAGAAACAUUUCCUGAUCCGACAAUGAAACCUUUGAAAGAUUUUGAAGAACAGAAAGAUGAUAACAAUAUCUAUGAUCUGUGUAUGUUGAAUCUCGACGAAGGACAGUGCUACAACUAUAACCUAAAGUGGUACUUCGAUAAAACGUUACGAGCCUGCAAGAGGUUUUGGUAUGGCGGCUGUGGAGGAAACCAGAACAGAUUUGAUACCCGUGAGGAGUGCGAAGCCCUGUGUCUAAAAUCAGCCUUCUAAAUGCUGGUCAUUUCAGAUAUACAGACUUGACACAAACAUAACAUUUCAGUGUGCCAUACCACUUCCCAACUAUGUAUAGAAUACCUCAUUUACACUGAUACAUCAUAUUUAUACCUUUUAAACAUUCCUUUUUCUUAAUAAUUAAGAAUCUGAACUAUAAGUUUACACAGUCUCUCAAUGCUGGACAGCCCUGGCAAUAAAAUAGCCGCCAAUAGCUAGUAACUACCAACACCAAAAUCCUGAGGAAAAAAAAAUUAAAAUGUAUAUUUUCUUUCUGUGAAUGUUUUUUUACACAAACGAAAUAGAGAAGAAAGAUGGCAGCAGGGUCAUCCAGAAGUAAUGACAGAAUAUCAUAUGGAUUGCAAGGAUUUUUUUAAAAAAACAAUUAAAAUCAAAUUAAAGCAUGAGAGAAGUGAGAAGUCAAUGUCCUCAGUUAUUUCCCAUUCUCAGCUCUUCCUGUGGUCUGGAAGAAUUCUAGACUGUAAUUGCUGGAGGAACUGUGAGCACAGCAGAGGACUUCUGAGGGUAGUGUGUCUGGCUGCUGCUUGAGAUCAUCAGCCCAAGAUCCUAAAUGCUUUCCGUUUCCUAAGAAAGAGGAAAGAUGAUUCAAAAACAAAGCCUGUAUGUGCAUGAGAAUUUUUUUUUUCCCUGUCCUGAAAAAAUGUAUUAGUGCCUGCAUUUGGCAGGUGUCUACCUCUGGGUCACUGACCAAGCAAGUAUAACAUUGACACUAGGCAAAGUCCACUUUUACCCCAUUUAAAUAUUGAUGCUAAGCCUAAAGGUUUGGUAUACGCAGAUCCAAAUGGCACUGGGAAAUUGCAAGCAGUUCAGUUCAAGGAGAGACUUAAGUCUCUGUAGUGCUGAUCCCUUAUGAGAUGGAUAAAAGAUAAUUGGUCCUAUUUUCUAUUCAGCAGUAAUUUCUUUAAAUAGCAAAAAAAGUAUUGUAAUAAUGUGGCAAGUAGUUAGGCAGUUUUAUUUCCUGCUUUUAUCAAUUGAGUAAUAAAGAAUUGGUUUUUAUGCAGUUGGCUACUUUGUAUUAUAAAAGCUCCAAAGUGAUGUCUGAAUAUCUGCUGGUUACAAGCAAAGAGGUAGAAAUUAGAUAUUGGUUCAUAUUGAGCAAUUCAUUUUGGAAUCUAUUAUGUAUUGUAGUAUCAGUGGAAGUUGCAUGUAAAAUCCUUGUCAAAAUUAAAUGUCCCAUACGUCUUUUUGAUGAUAAUUGCCAUUCAUUGUCAUUUCAGCUUCCUGCCAUAAUUUAAGUUUGAGACCAGAAUCUUCCAGAAGUUUAAUUUCUUUUGUGUAAAUUUUGUUUCUGUUAAAUAUAUAUUGGUUUUCAUUUGCUGACAUGCUUAAUUUAAUAUUAAAGGAGUAGUGGUGCAAAUAUUUCAAAAGUGACUUUAUUUUAAGCUGUUUACAGAGAUUUUGUUCACAGCAUAGCCCUGCUUCAAGUACGAAAUAUACUGGAGGAUGAGUUACAUAUUUAGCAAAGUUCGACCCUAUACGAAUGUAAAAGAAAUGGCGUCCUUGUUCAAAAGUCACUGGAAGCUAACAUGCAGAUGCAGCAAGCAAUUCAGAAUGCAAAUGUCAAGUUAAUCUUUAUCACAAGUCGGUUUCAGUACUAAAGCAAAGAAAUCUCAACUCAGUUUGUAUAAAACAGUGGUGAGACCGUAUCUGGGGUCCCAUGUACGGUUCUGCUCCCCUUGCCUGAGAAGGAUAUGCUUGACAUAGAGGGACUACAGCAGAGAUCCAUUAGACUGAUUCCUGGUUUGGUGGGACUGUCCCAUGGGGAGAGCAUGAGGAAACUUAGCCUGUCUUCUCUCGAGUUUAGAAGAAUUAAAGGUGACCUCUUGGAGAUGUAUACAUUCUUUAAAGGGGUAAAUAGAGUUGAUGCAGAAAGGACAUGCCUCCCCCUCCCACCUUACCCUCAGCUCUGGGGGACAGUCUCAGAAAAAAAGACUAACCAUUUAGUUGAGGAGGAGCAUUUUUACUCAAACGAUGGUGAAUCUUUAGAAUUUUUUACAGCAGACAUCUAUGGGAACUCAUUCAUUAAGUUAGCUCGAGAGAGAUAAAUAGAUUUCUGGUUACUAAUUACAUAAGGGAUGUUAGGAUAGCUUGCGGAUGUGGCAUUGAGGUGGAUGUUUAGCCACAAUUUAAAAUGGCGGAGAAGACUAAAGUGACUUCAGGGACAGAGUUUUCCAUUUCUGGGGUCAUACCCAUAGAAUCGGCUGUGUCUAGGAUUCUGCAGGCUCCCAGUGUACAUCUCCAGUCUGCUCUGCUCCAACGAAUAUUUGGCUAUCGGAAUAUUAGAUUACUGAAUUAGAUUAGAUUAGAUUAUUUACAGUGUGGAAACAGGCCCUUCGGCCCAACAAGUCCACAUUAACCCUCCG